AUGGCAUCUAGCGACCACAAUCGGUACGAUGAUUCGGAGGAGGAGGAUGAUUUCAAUCCCGCGCCCGCCGACUUGUCCGACGAGGAACCCGAUACCAACAACAGGCACGCACGCGAAAGCAGCCCCGUUGCCGACGACGAUGAUGCUCCUGCUCCGUCAAAGUCGAGGAUUCCCGACUAUGACGAUGACGAGGGACAAGAGGAAGAUGAUGUCGUGCAAAACGAUGAUGACGAAGAAGAGGACGAGGACGAGGACGAGGAUGAUGAGGACGAGGACGAUGUACAACAGGGACACCGCCGCAAGCGCAGAAAGGACCGCCGCGCCGCUUUCUUCGAUAUCGAAGCCGAGGUUGACGACGAAGAGGACGGCGAGGAUGAGGAGAAAGAUGGUGAGGAGAUAGAGGACUUCAUCGACAACGCCCAUCCCGACGAUAUUGCCGAAAGCGGAGGCCUUGACGAUGAUAGACGUCACAGAGAACUCGACCGUCGCCGCGAGAUGGAGGCGAGCAUGGAUGCCGAAAAACAGGCUGAGAUUCUUCGCCAGCGCUACGGCAAUCGUCGCCCAAACAAGGGCUUUGGGGAUUCCGCCGUUGUUCCCAAGCGCCUGCUGAUGCCCAGUGUUGAUGACCCUACCAUCUGGGCUGUCAGAUGCAAGGAAGGCAAGGAGCGAGAGGUGGUCUUCUCCAUCAUGAAACGCAUCGAGGAAAGGAUGGGCACCAAGGACGAAUUGGCCAUCAUCUCGGCCUUUGAACGUGGUGGUCCAACCUCCGUCAUGAAGGGUUACAUCUAUGUCGAAGCUAACCGUUCCACCGACAUCAUGGUUGCACUCGACGGCAUGUUCAACGUCUACCCUCGAUCCAAGAUGAUCCUCGUAGACAUCAAGGACAUGCCCGACCUGCUUCGUGUCACAAAGACACCCACUUUGGAGCCUGGCGCCUGGGUCAGGCUACGCAAACCUGCCAAACACGCCGGGGAUUUGGCCCAGGUCAUCGAUGUUACCGAGAAUGGACUCGAAGCCAGGGUUCGCUUCAUCCCCCGUCUUGAUUACGGAAUGCGAGACGACGCUCUUGCCUCUGCCCUCACUGCUGAUGGCAAGCGAAAGCGGCCUAUUGGCAUGGCCGGACCGCGCCCUCCUCAACGUCUCUUCAACGAGACUGAAGCUCGCAAGCGACAUCCCAGACACAUCCAGGGGAACCCAACCACCAAGGUUUGGAACUACAUGGGCGACGAGUUCGAAAAUGGGUUUCAGGUCAAGGAUAUCAAGAUCCAGCAGCUGGUGGUUACGGACGUUAACCCAACCCUGGAGGAAGUUACCAGAUUCGCCUCUGGUGCCGAGGACGGCACUGAGAACCUCGACCUCAAGGCCCUUGCCUCCAGCCUCAAGGACAGCAACAUCAAUGUCGCUUAUCUGCCCGGCGAUAUCAUUGAGGUCUACGAAGGCGAGCAGAAGGGUGUUGUUGGAAAAGCUACCAAUGUCCAAGGCGAUAUUGUUACAAUGCAAGUCACCGAGGGAGUCCUGGCGGGUCAAGUCAUCGAAGUCCCCACCAAGGGCCUGAGAAAGCGGUUCAGAAUCGGCGAUCACGUCAAGGUCACCAGCGGCAGCCGAUUCCGUGACGAGGUUGGUAUGGUUGUCAAGAUAUCGGAAGACAGGGUCACCUUCUUGACAGACCAGACCAACACUGAAGUCACCGUCUUUAGCAAGGAUUUGCGCGAAGCAAGUGACAUUGGCGGACAGGGUUCGCUAGGCCAGUACGAGCUCUUUGAUCUGGUCCAACUGGAUCCUACCACCGUCGGCUGCAUUGUUAAGGUUGAUCGCGAAUCGGUGGUCGUCCUCGACCAGAACGGAGAUGCACGGCAAGUUAUGCCAUCGCAGAUUGCCAACAAACUUCCCAAGCGGAAAAUCGCCGUGGCUGCGGACAGGACCGGCUCCGAGAUCAGGCUUGAUGAUGUCGUUCGAGAGUAUGGUGGUCAACAGCGCCAGGGCAAGAUCAUCCACAUUCAUCGCGCCUAUGUCUUCCUGCACAACAAUGACAGUAACGAGAACGCCGGUGUCUUUGUGACCAAGGCUGGCAAUGUCAACACUAUCGCGGCCAAGGGUGGGCGUGUGCUUUCGGCUGGUCCCAACCUGGAUCAGAUGAACCCUGCCAUGAAGCGCAACCCUAACGGUUCUGAGAGCAAGAUGGCGCCACCCAAAAGUUUUGGAGGACGCGACCGUGCGAUCGAUAAGACUGUCAUCAUCAGGAAGGGCGGUUACAAGGGUCUUUUGGGCAUCGUCAAGGACGCUACUGAUACCCACGCCCGAGUGGAGCUGCACACGAAGAGCAAGACCAUUACCGUGCCCAAGGAUCACCUGAGCUUCAAGGACAAGAUCACCGGCGCCAAGAUUGAAAUCAACGGCCGGGGUCGCGGAGGUCACAGCGGUCCUCCGGGCGGCGGUCGUGGCGGACAUGGGGACUGGCAGGGAGGCAGGACACCAGUCGCUACCAACGGCCCAGAGAGAACGCCCGCUUGGGGCUCAAGAACUCCUGCGCCGACUGGUGGGCGUACUCCAGCUUGGAAGUCCAGCGGCCCAGACUACUCCGGAUCCCGUACACCGGCCUGGGCCGAUGGUUCACGAACUGCCUACGGCGAUGGCAACCGCACUGCGUACGGUGGAGGAUCGAGGACGCCGGCAUGGCAAUCGGGCGCCAAGACGCCAGCUCACGAUGCCUUCGGACUGGGGUCGAAGACACCGGCAUACGGAGGAGGGGAUGCUUGGGGCUCUGGCUCCAAGACACCCGCGUAUGGCAGUGGCUCUGCGCCGACACCCGGCGCCAGCGGGGGCGACUCGUGGGGUUAUACGCCUGGCCAAUCUGGUUACGAUGCGCCGACACCUGGCGGCGCCCUUCUCGGUGCACCAACACCAGGUGCUCUCAACGCCCCUACACCUGGUGCCUACUCGGCGCCUACGCCGGCUGCUGCAAGUGCCCCGACUCCUGGCGGCGGGUGGCAAGGUGGAUGGGGUGCCGAUUCGGCUCCAACACCCGCUGCUGGUGCGCCCACUCCUGCUGCCAGCGGGUUCGGCUCGUCGUCUGCGUACUAUAGCGCACCUACACCUGCAGCGUACGGCGCUCCUGAGACACCGGCGGCUAGUGGGCCUAGGUACACCGAUGAUGACUAA